AGAAAAGGGAAGAGAGUGGGUAAGAAGAAGGGAAUGGGAGCAGGGAGAUAAUAAUGAACGCGAGGUUGGAAAGAAACGAGAAAGAAUGAGAAAAUAGGGCGGAAAGGAAAGGAAUUAGCUUAGGUGAAGGAGGCUGAAAUUCCUGAGGUAAAAAGGCCCGAGGAGAAAUGGGAGCCAUGAUUUGCAGACAGGAGAAGAUAGGAGAUGGAGGCGGAAAAGAGAGAAAAAGAGCCUAUUGCUUUAAUUUCCCUGGAGAAUGGUGUGGAGAAUCUAGGGUUGGAGCUUAUGGAGGAAAAACAGAAUACAGAAGGAACUAGAUUGACUAAAGAAGAAGAGAAUCAUCUGAAAGAAGAAAUUUGGCCUCUCCUUUUUUGGAGGAGGAGUCUGAAGUCUCUCUCCAAGGCAAGAAACUUCUGCAAAGUUCAUGUUCAAUUGUUUUGGUGGAUCCUGCUGGGAUUGAUGUGUGUAGCUUAUGCUGCCUUCUUGUUGGCUGCUUGUGUCUUGGAUUUCCAGAGGGCUCUGGCCUUAUUCAUCUUCACCUGUGUGAUGUUCUUCUUCCUGUCCCAUAGCCUAUUAUUUAAUAGGCUCUUUGGGAAGAAGCUGAUGAGAUAUUUCAAGGUCUUUGGAAAAUCCCGCCUGAACUAUUGUCUGAAAUGGGGUAUGGGGGCAGCCAUUCUGAUCAGCUUGGUUUUGUGGCUAAUUCUGGACACUUCACGAAAUCCAAAGCAACUGAUUUCCUUCACUGGUUUCUGUCUGUUCAUCACCAUCCUUUUUAUUUGCUCCAAACAUCACCAUGCAGUAUCCUUUAGGACAGUGCUGUGGGGCCUUGGACUGCAGUUUUCUCUUGGGAUCUUUGUCAUCAGAACUAAUCCUGGAUUUGCUGCAUUUCAGUGGCUUGGUAACCAAAUUCAGGUUUUCCUGGAUUAUACCACAGUUGGUUCCAGAUUUGUCUUUGGAGACAGGCUGAUUCAAGAGGUCUUUGCUUUUCAGGUUUUGCCAAUUAUUGUUUUCUUCAGCUGUGUAAUGUCUGUUCUUUAUCACAUGGGCCUCAUGCAGUGGUUAAUCCAGAAGAUUGCCUGGUUGAUGCAGGUCACCAUGGCUACCAUAGCCACAGAGACUCUGAGUGUGGCAGGAAAUAUCUUUGUGGGUAUGACAGAGGCACCUUUACUGAUCCAGCCUUACCUUGCAGAUAUGACACUGUCUGAAAUCCAUGCCAUGAUGACUGGAGGUUUUGCCACUAUUGCAGGCAGUGUAAUGGGAGCCUAUAUGUCUUUUGGGAUUGACUCCACAUCUCUGAUUGCUGCCUCUGUAAUGGCUGCACCUUGUGCUCUUGCAUUGUCCAAGUUGGUUUACCCAGAAGUGGAAGUCUCCAAGUUCAAGAAUGAGGAGGGAGUGAUACUGUUAUAUGGGGAGGCGCAGAACCUUUUGGAAGCUGUUACCAAUGGAGCAGCAAUUUCAGUAGGAGUAGUUGCUAACAUUGCUGCUAAUCUGAUUGCCUUCCUGGCCAUAUUAGCCUUUAUCAACACAACCCUCUCUUGGCUAGGGGAGAUGGUGAACGUACAGGGCCUCAGCUUCCAGGUCAUCUGCUCAUUUGCUUUACGACCCAUAGCUUUUAUAAUGGGUGUAGACUGGGAAGACUGUCCAAUAGUAGCAGAGAUGUUGGGAAUAAAAUUCUUCCUGAAUGAGUUUGUGGCCUAUAAGCAGUUGUCUCAGUACAAGAACAGACGUCUCUCUGGAAUAGAGGAAUGGAUCAAGGGGGAGAAACAGUGGAUUUCUGUGAGAGCAGAAAUCAUCACAACUUUUGCUCUUUGUGGAUUUGCCAACCUGGGCUCUAUUGGGAUCAUAUUAGGAGGCCUGACUUCAAUGGUGCCCCAGCGGAAAAGUGACUUUUCCAACACUGUGAUUAGUGCUCUCCUCACAGGAUCCUGUGUGUCCCUUGUCAAUGCCUGUGUGGCAGGAAUCCUCUAUGUCCCCAGAGGAGCCGAGGCCAACUGUGUUUCUUUUCUCAACAAGACAAACUUUACCACCACCAACUACGAAAACUAUGUUUGCUGCAGAGAUCUUUUCAAAAGUGCCAGCCUGAGCCUAGCCGUCCUCAAUGUCAGCAAGUCUCCAUCCUUCUCUGGUCUCUGGGAAGGUGUGGAGUCUGGGGCAGAGACUUUGGCCAACUGCUGCCAGCUCUUCAACCAUACUUCCUGCCCUCCUUGAAGGUGACCCCCUGGAGCUGCAUGUAUAGGAUGUGCAGGAAGCUCCAUGGCAUCAUUCUGACACCCUUAGGCUGUGGGCACAGCUGAAGAGCCUGACUGUUGACUAAAGCUAAUCCAGAAUGGAAACGAGAAGUGGAAGCAGAACCCUGGGGUCAGUAGGCUUUUGUGGCUUAUUUGUCAGAGAAUAUUCAUUAAUAAUGUGGGUUAGUAUUUCCUGCCAGAUAAAUAUUCCAAUUAUUCUAUUAUUCUAUUCUAAUUAUUCUGUCACUGAGCCUUCUGAAAAAACACAUAAAUGCAAUAAAGGCCUUGCUAUGAAGAUGUUA